UGCUCAUCGUGUUGCUAUCACCGACUACCAGAUGCAUCAAGCGCGCUGCCACGUGACUGUCAAGCUGAUGACAAAUGCUGAUUGGCGAGACCAUUCACCUCAUGACCGAGCUUCAGCCCAUGGUAGUUUACCAAAAUAGAACCUUCUACAACAUUGCGGCAUCCCACCGACAAGCAAAUACAAAAACACCACACCCAAACGUAUACAGCAUACAUUACCAGCACGCCACAUCUACAAACAGUACCAAUCCCAAUCAUGCCAACAGAAAUUUCAGCACCGCUACACUUCCGCACCCUGCUGAAUGGACACGCCUACAUGAUCGCAGACUUCUACGCGACAUGGUGCCCACCUUGCAAGCAGAUCGCACCCAUUUACAACCAACUGUUCACUGCACAUGCCUCGCCAGGGAAGUUCGCCUUUGUCAAAGUCAACGUGGACGAGCAGAGGGAAAUUGCUGGACAAUACGGUGUCACAGCUAUGCCAACUUUUAUGGUUUUCAAGGAUGGGAAAAAAAUUGAAGAGAUAAGAGGCGCGGACGUAAGAGCUCUGAAGGGCGCAGUGGAGAAAGUUGCUGCGGAGUUGGGGAAGGCGAAAGACGCAAAGGUGGAGAAGAAGCCGGGGGUCAAAGAAGAAAGGAAACAAGAGGAUGAGAAGACGGUUAGUGGGAGCUAUGGCAUGACUGGGGGCAACAAUUGGAAAAUGUCGUUGCAUUAGCUUUUAAAGAUUGGUAGGAGGUGAUAGGAUCGUCACAUGCAGAUUGAGAGGACGAUGGAUUUGUGAUACCCAGGAAUGAUAAUGCAUACAAUACCUUGUCGCAGACAAGCAAGUCCGUGGGGACCGAAGUGAUUAGUAUACAUGGCCGAUGUUAAAUGUACGUCAUUCUCAGUUGCUGU